AUGAAAAGUGGUGGGCCUGGCUUCGUUGGCAUCAAAUUCUGCCAGGAAUGUAAUAAUAUGCUGUACCCAAAAGAGGAUAAGGAACAGCGAAAACUAUUAUACUCGUGUCGAAAUUGCGACUUCCAAAUGGAUGCAGACAAUCCUUGUAUUUAUGUCAACAAGAUUCAACAUGAAGUCGACGAACUGACUCAGAUAAUUGGUGACGUCAUAGCUGACCCCACCCUCCCAAGAACUGAGGACCAUCCAUGCCAGAAGUGUGAGCAUAAAGAGGCCGUGUUUUUUCAAUCGCAGACAAGGAGAGCUGAGGAGGGAAUGAGACUCUAUUACGUCUGCACUCAUCCAUCAUGCAUGCACAGAUGGACUGAAUAG